AUGGAUAGAAGAGGAUUGGAAGCAUGUCUGUAUGAAGUGCUGAAGUCCGAUCCCGCUGCUGGGAAGAGGGCCGAGGCAAAGAUCCUGGAGCUUCAGUCAAGUGACUUUGAAAGGUUUAUAUCGAUUCUUGUGGAGGUUUUUGGCGACCUGAAGAGUAAUGAUCAGCUCCGGAUGGUUUCUGGGAUUAUUCUUAAGAACAGUCUUCAUGCAAACGACCCUGAGCUCCAGAAAGGCUGCCUAAGCAGAUGGUUAGGCAUGAGGUUCGAGUCCCGGGAGUAUGUGAAGAGCAUGGUUAAGGGAGCAAUGAAAGGGCCUGUGCCGAGGUUCUGCACCAUGGCCGGGGCCGCCCUUGGCCAGAUAGCUAGGAUUGAGGUUCCAAACAAUUUGUAUCAAGGGUUCUUCGAGGAGAUGAAAAGAAUGGUCUGCGAUGAGGAAGCGGCGUGCGGGGUGUGCGAGGCUGUGGGAAUAUGCUGUAGCCAUCUUGUGAAGGAGGCACCGGAUCUGCUUCAGAUGUAUAAUGCCAUUGUGUUUGAGAUAUGUAUGCAUCCUCUUAAAAAUGGAACUUCAAGCCGAACUAAGUUAUCUGGGCUUAAGUGCCUGAUGAACUGCAUGGAGGUCAAGGGGAUAUUCUGCUACGAAGAGAAUGUAAACAUAUUUCUUAAUGCAACAAUAGGAAUAUGGAAUGGAAAUGAUGAAGAGCUAAUACACAAGCUGAUGAUAUGCUUCAACAGGCUUGUGAUGCUCAACUACAAGUUUAUUGAGAAGAGGGUAUUAGAGAACAUGCUGGCACAGUAUUUGGGGAGGUUCUUCAAGUCAAGGCAUGAUGAGAUCAAGAUCCAGGCAAUUGAGUACUGGUGUAUUUUUGCCGAGAAGGAGGAUGAAGAGAUGAUCAACAAGUACAUGCCUGUUGUCUUGCCGGAGAUCCUCAGUCUUCUUGAGAAGGGGCCUGACUACUAUGGAGACGUAUGGUCGCCACACAAGGCUGCAUCUUCUUGCCUCGAGAUGUACACCGAGUUGAAGGGCGACAAGAUGAUGAGGAAUGGGAUGGUGUGGGGGUUCAUAGAGACAUCCUUGAAGUCUGGGUCCAGGGCCAGUGUGGACAUAGGUGCUGUGGCACUCGGAAGUGUUAUGUGUGAGAGGUGUGAGGACUGUUUGACGAAGAUCAUACCGGAUCUUGUUACUGGGAUAGAAUACGAGGAGUCAAAAGACUCCUGCCUGUGGGCACUAUCCAGGGUGGCAGAGUGUAAUUUCUAUGCACUGACGGACCACCUUCCAAUGAUUCUAAGCAAGUGUGGUUCUGUUGUCCUUGAAAGCUCUAAGUCCUCUAUUGGUGCCUCGUGGGUGAUGGACUGUGUAUUCCGUUCCAUAGCAGACAGCAAGGGGAAGGAUGGAUUUGCAAGCCACAUACCAAAUGCCACAAGGAAGAGAGCUGAUGGUUUUAUCGAAAGCUUCCUAGUAAAGCAAUACUUGGAUGUCCUUAACGUGCUGGUCAAGGGGACAGAACUAGCGAGCCUGAACGAUUCAAGCCUAAGAGUUGCACUGUUUUCUGCACUUGGAGAGCUGAUUCUGAUAUGUCCGCAAACUGUUUCGAACAUUCUUGUUGGGUUCUACGACUACACGGCAAAGAAGAUUGAUGAGUGCAUAAGUGUGCUGGGAUAUGCUACACAAGACCAGCUUCUUGUUGUUGAGGAUGUCCUUUCGAACUACAUAGGACUCAUUGAGGCAAUAGCAACUGCAAGAGAGAGGAAGGACGUGGAAGACCUUCUUGAGCUGUUCAUACGAGUCCUGGAGUCAACGCCAACAAUAGCCUUUGGGGAGGUCUACACAAGUAUCUCAAACCUUUCUUCAAAGUUCUCUCCACAUGCAUCCAGGAUACUCCCCUACAUGACAAGGGAUAUGAGGUGCACGGAUAGGUUUGUCCUGAGCUCAGUGAUAAACCUGGUUGGAAGACUUGCAAACACAAUGGGAACAGACUUCAACAUCCUUGCAACUGUUCUUACAUCGUCUCUGGUCCAGUGCCUCAGCUCUGAAGCUACUCACCGAGACCUCAAGCCAACAAUACUGUCUGUGUUUGGAGACAUUGCCCUGGCACUAGAGAGAAAUUUCGAGUCGUACCUGGACAUGGUUGUCAUGCUAUUCCAGCAAAUAUCUGAGCUUGGAAGGUACUCCGAUGAGGAGUAUGUAGACAGUCUCCGUAAGAAUGCAGUCCAGCUUGUGAAUUGUUCUUUGGUGGCCAUUGGCGACAGCUCAAAGGUUAGAAGUGUUCUCCCCAGGAUCAUUGGAAUAGCCCACAAGAUAGGUACUGAGGACGAAAAUGGCAAGGCCCGCAACGACAUCCUUGGGCUUAUUGACGAUCUUGUUGGGAUGUAUGGAAAGAACUUUGGGCUGGAUGAGCCAUGGAUAAAGGACUUUUUGUAUGGAAUGAUGAAGUGUGGCGACGACAAGAAUAGAAAGAAGGCCAGCCAUGUCCUGGAGAUGCUAAGAUAA